CUGAGAUCGUGUGCAGGGCAGAAUCCUGACAAUCGUCGCGGAGUUUGCAGGGCAGAAUCCUGACAACAGUUUAAAAUGGGGGGAGGCUUUUACCGAUCUGUGGUGUUGUUGCAGCCGCUAGAUCAUCAUCGCUUAGUUCAUGCGUUGACAAUCUUUAAUUUAUUUUUUCGUUUUUUAUGUUGCUCUGAGUUGAAUUGUCGCAUUUGUCAGGAUGUAAGCGGCAACUGAGCGUUGUCAGAAAAAAGUCUCUCCAUUUCGGCAGCGGAGACUAUUUAGGAUUUUUGUUUUCCCUCCAGGUCAAAGAAACAGAAUCCGCCUUCGCUGACGCCGGAAUCAGCACAAGCAAAUCUACACGUCUAGAUCCUAGUGUCUGGCGGAUUUGCGUCGCCUGAUUUGCUGAAACCUGAUUGUCCGAUAGGACUGUUGGUGGUAUAUGACGGAGGGAUGGACAGCUUCCCCUGAAUUAGAGUUUCUAUUUCUGAUUUUUGAUGAACGAUCAUAGUAAUGCAUGCAGUGUGAUACUUAAUGAUCCUCUUUACGAAGUAGGUAGUAGGAGUUUGGUUGUGUUAUUUGAAGGAAUUUUUCAGACAGCGACUGGUGUCAUAGAGUGUCAGGCUUUAAACGCAUGCUGCACAAAGCCUGCCACUCGCACGACAUCCACUGAUUGCAAAAGCUCUACUUGAAAUAUUGUUUCAUUUCAAUCACUGCAAGCUACGUCCCAUCACAGCUUAGAUAUUUAAUUCCCAGCUUGAUCUUUCGAAGUUGAGUUAAAUAUUUAUGAUUUGGUUAUCCUAGAGGCAACUCCCAUGGACUACUGGGGGGCUACUCAUCAGAGAGAUCCAUUUUCACUGUCACAUGUAUGCUUAAAGAGGCGUCAAUAAUUGGCGGCUGUGGCAUCUCCAAGUACAGGAAAAUUACAAGCCGGUGUCCACAACCAAGCAUUGACAAAGCAUGAGCAAUUUGCAGAAGCCACUUUAAAGAGGGCCAGUAGGCUUGAAGAGCAGUACUGCGCAGGGGAGAUCAUGAGAGGGAGAGAGAGAGAGAGAGAGAGAGCGAGAGGGGGUAGGAAAAAGAAGAAAGAGACGACAGCAGCCGCUGAGAGCGACUUAGCAGCAGACUGACUGCUUGGCUACACUGCUGUGCACUAACUUCACCCUAAGGUUCAUUGGCAGGAGCAGAAGUCUGCGGCAAAUUUCCUUUCAUGGAGUGCUGUUGCUAUACUGUUACGGUUGUGUCACUGUGCUAUUGCAUGCUGCCAGUUAAUUGAGCAAUGAGGUGGAAUUGUACGAGGUUGUGGCAGGUUUCAGAAGCUAUAGUUUCUACGCUGGAGGAUUAGUCAUGGCGUGUAGAGGGAAGAGGUGAGACCAAUUACAACACCGAAACAAAGUGGAUGAAGAGGAGUUACGUUGCAGAGAGAUAGAGUGAGUUUCGAGGGUGUAAUUCUCCGUAAGCAUGCGUGUGGAUUGGCUGCUAGUUGAUGAAUUGGUUGUUAUAGAUGUCAGUAUCCGUGACGAUGAAUGAUUUGAUUAGUUCGUGAGGUUGCACGCUUGUGGAUUAAGGUUCAUAUUUUGCUUAAGUUUGAGGAGCUUCUUAAGAUCGUCACUCCUGUUCCGAGUGCUUGAGAGAAGUUUGGAGACACUUCGUUGCCCUUUCUGCUGAGUCAAGGCGGAUGUCUCUGAGUCUUAGGUCUUGAAGCCUAACGCUAGUCCUCAGUCCUCGGAUAAUUGAACCCCUUAAUGCCGAGUGCUCUGGGAGCUAUUAAAGCUUGACGGGACUUGACCUCAUCCGGUUGGAGCAAGUCAUAACCGCGGUGAGCGUGGCAUGUAUUAGGGGUUUCACACUCUUACUCGAAUUCAACAACACUGUGACAUGAUUCAUUUCCAUUAAAAUCGACUUUUAUCUUGAGAUAUUUUGUUUUUCUGAACCACGGUAGGCCACGAUUAACGAGAGAGAUGACAUAGGAGGAAGAUUGCAGUCAAGAAUUUAUCUCGGUCAUGUUUUCGUAUGAGAUCUCGGGAAAUGCACUCCGGACUUGCGCAUUUUCGUCGCAGUCGUGAUCGAAAUAUGCUUAGCCAACGUUUGUAGACCUCUCUGGAACCUAUUCGUUAGGGGAAUGCUUCUAGCUCCUGAGCUACUCCCAACAACAUAUUGCGCCAGCCUACAUUUGUGGGAAUGAUUAAGGUCUAGUUCCGAAGUGUUAUUUAGAGUGUAGGUGCAGAAAAUUCCCUGUGUUUCUGUGUGUUGUGGGAAGGUGGAGGAUGUACUGUGAGAGAGGAAGAGGUUAUGACAAGUGGUUGUAGUCUGUGCCCCAGCUUCCAGACUUUUCUUGAUAGUUAUUGAGAUUACAAGGCUGUAAAAUUUUGAAAUGAUUUUAGAGCGCAAAAAGGCCUCAAAGAACGGAUAUAUGAGCGAGACAAAUGCAUGAGCCGCCUAGACUGGCUGCAGGAGAGAAUUAGCCCAGUUUUUUGGGCUCAGGUCAAAGAUGUCAUGUGAGAGGAAUCCUAUUAGAAUUUCAUUCCAUCUUCCUCAGUUUGUGUUUAGCCUUGGCAAUUCGAGUCACGAUAGUAAAAGUUAGCAGAGUAGAGCUUAUGAAGGUGCAUCAAAAGCACGUGAGACCAAGGAGCACAUUGUUCUUUGACACCACAACUGGAUAUCAGUCUAGAGAAAUGAAGGAUAGGUCAUGGGGUUGCUCGGUGUCAAGAACAUGCUUGAAGAACACUGCGACGGAUCCUGUGGUAAUACAAGAGCGUUCAUCGAACCCGAAGCAAGCAAUCUCGAAAGGUCCUGUUCGGCAGGUAGAGGCCAUGCCCUCAUUUACCAUUGAUAUGCCGGUGACGAACAAGGAGGGCGUAGACGCGCUCAACACACUUAUCCUAAGAAAACUGGCUAAAGAGUCAUUCAUGGGUGACAGCGUUGCAAAGAAAGUAGGAUGCUCAGAAGAACCCAAUUGUGAGGAAAAGGCCGGAGUACGGGAAAAUUUACGGGAGGCAAGGAGCACAAUAAUUUCAUGCAAAUGCGGCAUGCACGCAGGGAAGGAGCUAUCUUCCUCAUUCUUUGACCUGCAAAAAAAUACAAUGUGUAUGGACAGGAAAACUAAUCUAGCAUCUUUUAGUAGCGGAAACAUCCCCGAGGGAGUUGGUUCUCUCUUAUCCCGAAUAGGUCUUGACCACAGGAAGAAGUUCGACCAAGAACUGCCGGUAUUCCAGAAUUCAAGCGCGUUCGACAAGUCUCCUCAACACAGGACCUCUGUGUUAACCCAAAACACUCCGAAAUCGACCUUCCUCCAAGAUGCUGGUGAAGAGCAGAGUUUCGCUGCAAAUACUGUGCCCAGGGAAUUACUUUCAAUUUCAACAGAACAGGCUAGCAAGUCCAGGAGUUCUAUGCAUCCCGGCAGGUACAUGUGCAUUCCCGAAGCUAGCUCGUUGGAGAAUUUGAUGCGCCCCGAUUUCAGCCCUUUUCGGAGAAGGGCCAUUGACAGUAAAAUCACUUGGGGCCUAUCGUUGUACACAACGUGCAGGUGUUCAGCAGUUAACCAUGGGGAAUCCGCAGCUUUUAAUAGUAAAUUUAUAUGCCCAUCGUCCACACAUGAUGAACUUGAUACUUUUGAGAGGUAUUUACCAAGACCACACGUUAAUUCUCCAGUGCACACAGAGGCUCCUCAAGGCCUCACCAAGCCGUCAUCACACCACAAUGCUCUCACCGAAGGUAUGCAAUUCCGGAUGGAUGAAAUCGGGGAUUUUCGAAAUCUGCGAAGCAAGCCACGGGCUGAAUCAACGUUUACUUGGAAGGAUCCCGCCAGAAAGAUAUACCGAGAUGAAGGUGAAGUGGCAGUAGCGUCAUUAAACACUUCAUCGCUGGAGCAACUGAAAACCUCUGAACAUGUUCACUGGAACCUUGGAGAAUUGAUGCAACGACAGGAAGUAGAAGAUGAUGUGGACGAUAACCUCGAUGUUUUGAGAAACACAUAUGUUUUCAAACGAGGGAGUGACGAGAUUGGCUGCCAGCUAGAGGAACUGCCCAGGAGAUUGAUUAGGAAUCGAUGUGAUGCUAAGCAGGAGGAAUUGAGAAUAGGCCGUGGCACUCCACGAAGGCAUGAGCUAGACCCUGUCAAGUUGAAGCAUGGAGAGAGGCAACUUGAUGGACUUAUCCAAGAGGCGAAGAAAGCGGAGUCUAAUGCUAAGUCAAAGAGCAAAUUCCUGGAGGACAGAUCGUUUCGGCCGCUUCAAAUUCAGAAACAAACAACUGAAAGAAAGUUUUCACAGCAACGGAGUCGAGUUCGCUCAUCUUGUACUAGUGAGAAUUGCAGGAAUGUUGAGGCCAAUGAAGAGGACGGCAAAGUUUUCCAAGGUAUUGCUUCUCGAUUGGAUACUAGAAAGGUGGUCACAUCACAGAAAUCUCUUGACGAUUCUGCAGUUAUUCAAGAACUUGAAGGAGACUGGGGGACAGGUCGAGAUGAUCUGGAAGUUUUGCUGAAAUUCCUGACCAUGAAGCAACAACUCAGAGAGAAUAGACAGAGUGAUGUUGAUGUUGUUGUCCAAACAGAAGCCACUGUACGGGAGUUACUCUGUCGGAUGAAACUAAACAGCUGUUGUUCCUCUUCUACGGAUUCAGAUUCUUCAUUUCGCUUUGUCCCAAGGUCAAAUGCGUGCGAGCCAGUUGUGGAUGGUAGCUAUGGUGUUAAAGGAAAAAUAUGCAAAUGGCAGGGCAGGAGUUCAAGCUCGACUACUGGCACAAUCAAUGCUAUCGUGCAUGACAUGGACGCGGGAUUAGCACCCGAAAUCAAUGCUGAUUCUCAUGUAGUUUCCCUCCAGAAGCAGAGCAUGGAUUGUCAGAGCAGGUCAGAAAUUUGUUGGCCACCAAUUCAGAUGCCGUCUUCCUCCGAAUCCCAACCCUUGCAGUGUAUGAAGGGAUCCGCUAGCGUCAGGAACACUACAUCUUGUGAUAGGGAUUUCUACAAUGUCCAAUCUGAGGAGCACGAUGAAACUGUAAACCCGAGUCCCCCUGCAAAAAGGCACAUGAUUGAUUUAAGCUCCGAGGAUGUUGUCCGUGUUGGCAGACACAGAGCUGUUGACACAGGUGAGUCUUCCUCUACCACAAGGGUUAUUCUGGACAAGAUGGAUAUUGGGUCAGAAAUGUUGGGAAGUACUGAAUGUAAGGGUAUCAAACUUUCUACGGAGGCAUCUUGUUCGUCGGUGAGUUCGCAGAUGAAGGCUGCAGAUGAUCAGUCCCGAACUGCAGACGCAAUUCAAUUACGUGCAGGCAGGAAUUCGGAAAGCCGAUCAGUCUCGGGAAGUGCUCCUGCAAUACCAUGGAACUACCAGCGGGAGAUGAAGUCGCCAAUUGGUCGGAGCGUCCAACCUGCAUCCCCAAGCAGACGAUCAGCUCUAAAAUCACCGACGUACUCCCCUCAGCAUCAUAGACAAUGUUGUGAAUCCUCGGCAACAAAACCUUCCCCAAACAAUAGGUAUUCGUCCCUUUCUUUGCCACAAGGACAACAGAGACAGCGACCUGCAACAGCUAAAAUACAUUCCUCAGCAGCCCAGCACGGAGCACAGACAUCAACCAAGAUUCCUUCGAAGGAGCUCAGUAGUCAAGCUUCACAAGACGUCAGCAUGUUCCCCGCAGGUAUCUCGGAUUCAGUAGUUCAAGAAAGCAUUGCCUUGGCGAAAGACUCAAGUGAUCCUUACGCAGAUUUUCGCGAUUCUAUGUUGGAAAUGAUGCACGAGAAGAACUUGUGGCAGCGACAGGAUGAGCUGCAAGACCUACUCCAAUGCUUUUUGCACCUGAACCAACCUAUGCAUCACCAAUUGAUUCAUCAAGUGUUCUCCGAUGUUGUCUGCAAUGGCAGCCACUUGAAUAACCAUGCCCAGAGCUCAAAAUCGAAACGCUCUAAAGUAAUUAGCAACCAUAAAUCUUCUCCAUCCAGACCGCGGCCAGAAUCACCACAUAGAAAAUCUCCAGGAAGAGGAGGCGGUUGAUUUUUAACCCAUGUAGACAGCAACUUAACCUCGAAUGAUUAAACUCAGUGGAUGACGAACAGGUGAACUUAUAUCAGCUGUACAAUUAGAAAAUAGCAAGUCAGCAUUUUCCUACUAGUCAAUUACAAGGGGUAAUGCUUCUCAUGUUUCCAGCUUUAGUGCACAAUAAGCAGCCAGAAUUCUGAAGUUAGGACCAAUUCCAUGGCAGCAGCUGAUUUCAUGUACUAUUGUUAGAAUCUUUUGACCAUUUGCACACACUUAAUGUUGAACAGAAAUAGGUGUACAUGAUAACACCGUGUACAACUAUUGGGGAGCUUGUCACAGAUGCCACGAGCCGAGACGUCCUUGGAAGGUUAACAUCACUCCGUUGGCACCAUCGCCUAGGUCUGUAACGCACAGGAUGCACACCCCACAACUCAUCCAAAUGGUGUGUUUGUGUGCCCUACUCCUUUCGCACGA